AUGAAGUUCCACACACCCCUCACUUGGAUACUUCUCGCCUCCCCCUCGCUCAGUCAAACACCUGGCAACGAGACUCAUCUCCAGUGGUCGAUAUGCGAUCGCGAUCCGGAGACGGUGCUCGAGAAGCUGGGCGAUUAUGUUCGCCCCCCAUAUAAGCGGAACCCAAUCACCUACUUUGACACACUGCCCCCGUCACAUGCCCAGGAGGGCGUCAUGUUUCGCACAAAGAUAAACAAGGGCUCGCCAUUUUCCGUUAUAAAGGUGCGCUUCAACGAAAAGCCAAUGUACACGCCGCCGACAGCCGAGUGCGUGUGGGAUCGCUACGGUGAUCGCGUGCUGUAUACAUGUGGCGAGCGAUACUCGCUGAGCGGGGAGAAGCGCAGGAUCUGGAGCGACGAGCAGGUGCGUUUUGCAGAGACGUACCACGAGAUCAACUGGGAUGGACUCGCCCCGUAUGGACCGUUUCCAGACGGCAAGUGGAAGAUAGAGAUCCUGGGUCGCAAGGCCAAGCUGGAUGAUGUCGAGGCUGGGACGUUGCACCUGAUGGAGAUUGAGAUGUCUGUAUAUGAAGAUGAAGCUGAGUACAUGUAUCGGAAGGUCACUGAGUAUCUUUUUGGACAUGGAGUGGUACUCUGUAAUCCGCAGUCACCCAAGACUCUGCGACUAUUCCAUGAGAUGGGCUAUCUAGGGGAUGAGGUGGAGGAGCUGUAG